AUGAUGAAGCCGAAUACUAAGCUCGUAUUUUGCGACGAUCCGCGACAAGAUGAACAAGGAAACAGCAACAGGGUACUCACCUACACUUACUUCGAUGUAUAAUUUGUAUCUCUUUAAUGUCUUGCAGAUUUCUUGAUUGGAUCAACUAUGAAAGUCAUCAACUAACAGAAUCAUCUUUCUUGUUCAUUUGUUAAAGUUGGGGAAGAUGGCUUUGUUGAAGUUGAAUGAACUACGUAGGCUUUCUCUGAGAAUGGGAACUUUGCCUUUUUUGAUCAACAGGUUCCUCAAGCAGAAGAGCCCAGAGGUGUACGAGUUCCAAAGAGUGCGGGCCCAAGUCCGGUAAUAUAUUCGGAUCCUGUUAAAUGCUUAUUUCAUCAAUCCUCAUAGUGUGAAAGUGAAUAUCCCUGCUGCACAUCCAGACACUACUUGUAAGAUGAGUGUUGAUGACAACUCAGAAAUAGAAUACACAGAUUGAUAGGAACACACGUCCCUCCUCGCGUUCGUUCUCGUAUUCGUGGUUUUCUCCAACAACUUCCAACAUUUUGAUAUUUGCGAAACGAGGACGAACAUGACAUGUACUAGACUUAAGCGCCCCGUAGCACUCCUCCCACUGGAAUCCUCCACCCUCUGCACGCACUUCCCCCGCCAUGGCGUGCCUCCGCUUUCCCGGCCCCUUCCCACGCGGCAACCGUCUGGCGGACUUGAUCGGUGGAACAGGGUUCGGGCUUUUGGCGGCGUGCGGCCAUUGCGGAGGCAUGCCGCGGAAUCGUACUAGCCCGGGAGUUUCCGAGCCUCUGGCUAGGUUUGGCCAUCUUUGCGUGGGUGGCGUGAGAUGAACCGGGGAUCAUCGUGGGACGAACCGGGGAGCAUCGUGGGAUGAACCCGCCGGGGGUUCGUGGGACGAAACGGGGAGCAUCGGGGGACGGACCGGGGACCAUCGUGGGACGAACCGGGGGUCAUCAUCGUGGGACGAACCCGCCGGGGGUUCGUGGGACGAGCCCGCCGGGGGUUCGUCGGCGGAGCCCGCCGGGGGUUCGUGGGACGAGCCCGCCGGAAGGCUCGUGGGACGCGCCGGAAGGCUCGCGGGUCGGGGGAUGAGCCGGGGGUGGGAUCGUGGGUUGGGUUUGUUUGCUCGUUGCUUCGUUUGUUGAUAAAAAAAGAGAGCGGAAAAAUUUUUUACGGAGGCCGCGCGUUUUUGGUUCGGGUCUGGGGGGUUGAGAGUUUGGAGGGGACGUUGUUGCUUCUCUUUUUGCUCUUGAUGUUAUAUCUGGACAAGGUUUCUCCGGAAUUUGUGCGAGCCGCGUGGUCCAGAGUUCGCGCUUCAUCUGGCCUUAUUACACCCGGAGCGUCGAUUGCGCGAGGUGCCGCGCCUGUGCGUCCUGCAUCCACAGACGGUCUUGGAUCCGCAAAUCUUCAACGCCAGAAAAAUGACAAUCUUUCUUCAGCUGCUCAUAAUCUUGCAACAAACAAAAAUACUUCUUCUUCUGGUAAUUCUCGUGCCUCUUCUAGGAAGGACAAUCUUGGCGUACCACAUGGCGUGCCACCUGUGCCUCCUCAGCAGGAAACAAGCUCGCCCCAGCAUGGCGCGCCACAGCCACUCCCUCUUCAGCAGCAAAGGCAGUCCCGACGUGACGUGCCACGAGUGCCUCCUCAGCAAGAAAGGCAGGCACAUGCUAGCGUGCCACUUCCUCCUCAGGAUGUUCAAAGGCAGCAGUCGCAUGGAGGCGUGCCACUUCCUCCUCAGCAAGAAAGGCAGUCGCGGGCAGCCGCUCAACAAAGUGGCACAAUUCGAACAGAUGCUGUGAAUGGCAUUCGCAACUUGGGACUGUUCGACGCCAAUGGCCGAGAAGUGUUCGAAGACGAGCGCACAGGAGAGUUGUUCGCGCUAACAAAACCAGGUGAGCACAAGGGAGGUGAGUCGGGACGAAGGCGUGUGCCGGUCGUGCCAGCACCAGCUCCUGAAGGUAGUAGAAGCAGGAGCAGUUCCACCGAGGCGUCCUCCGCACCCGCGACCGGUCUCGUCAUACUCUUCAAAUCAACAGGACAGAGGAUCAGCUACGUACAGGAGACCGUGAGGCCCUCAUCAAGGCCUACUUCACCAAGUCUCGAUGAUUUCCAGCGUCGCUAUACUAGCUUUGGGAGCAAGACUCCUUCACCAUUAUCACUUCUGCAGAAGAAUCUCGGCAGAGGCGUCAAUAAAAGAGCAGAGAGCAACCUGGCUCCUCUAGGAGGAGUUCAACAACGACCCGGGUCCGCCAUGGAACAGAAAGUUCAGCAGCAAUCAUCUGCGAAUCGAUCAUCUGCUUUCUCUAGUAGUGUGACUAGAACUAGCGGCCAAACUACUGGGAACAUCGCCGAUCCGAGUCCGAAACGUCGCAAGACGCCCUUUGGCGCCGUAGAUAUGCCUCAUCCCUCAGUCGGCGCCGAAGAGCACUCGGUGUCUCCCGACGGCAAAAAAGGUAAGGAGAACAAUUCAUCUGGUAAAGGUAGCGGCUCAUUAGCUAAAGGCAGCGCAUCAGCGUCGUCUAGUGGUCUUAACGCGGAACUUCUACAUCAUGAUCGAGCAGCCGUCAACGACACUUCUGAAGAAACACGAACAAGUGAGAUGAAUCGCAGCACUAGUAAUAAAGGUAGUUCUUCAGGCAAGGCGAAAGGUCGUGACGAAGAUACAGAGUCCACUUCUUUCGGAGGAGGUAACAAGGGGAAAGGUGGCGGUGGUGGUGAUGCUGCUGCUGCUGCUAGUAGCAAGGGGAUGGGUGCUGGUACUAGUGGUGGUGUUGGUGCUGCUGCUAGUAGCAAGGGGAUGGGUGCUGGUACUAGUGUUGGUGUUGGUGCUGCUUCUAGUGACGAAGCGGGUGCAGCAGAUCCUGCUAUGGAGGAGGAUGGCUUCGCCGAUUAUGGUCAUCUUACUGGAGUAGACGACCAUGACUACACACUGGGAGAUGAUGAGGACGACUACGAUUUUGACAUGACUGGCAACGUUGGCACCAGCACCACAGGAAAGAAUAAAGGAAAAGGGUCAUCCUCAUCUUCGUCUUCUUGGGAAAACAAGGGUUCUGGCAAGAAGAACAAAAGUAGCAAGGAGGGCUCCUCUUCAUCUCUGCCUGGUCACGACAAGAAUUCGCACUACAAAGGACUCGGACCACUGCGCAGCGACAACAACAACAGUCACACGCUCAAUUCCUCUUUUCUGUCUUCUAGUAGCGGACUUUCCAACGCUAGACCCAGGUUUGGGUGGGAUGUAGAUGCUGCUAGCGCGCAGCGCCUCGCAUCGAGAGAAUCGACGAAGACUCCCGCGCAACUGCGGCAUGCCAAUUUCUCGACAUCGGCGACCUCGGGAGAACGGAGGGGUGACCGCGCCAGGGUGCGACCUCUGGACCAUUCGCGUAGAGUUAAGGCUCUCACUAAUUUCUCAUCUUCGACUUCCUCCUUGUUGAAGACUUGUAUAGGGGAGUACUGGCUUUCAGCUUGGCCUCAUUAUUCUCAAGGGUGCAGCUAAUUAAAGACGAAUUACAUCGUGGGAAAGCUCUAAUAGCGGUGCGCGAAUCCUUCCGCAAGCUGGUGAGGCGCAGACCACGACUUUGAUGGACGAUUCCUUGAUGGGCGGUUAUUACGAUCCACCAGGGACCCCAAGUGGCGACUUCAGUUAAGGCUCCAUAUGAUUUAUUUUCAUACCUUAGAAGUGUGUGCGUUUUGAUUAGGACUGACAGUAGCAGGGGUGAUUUCUUUAGCAUUAGACUUCGAUCUAGAUUUCCAACAUUAUAUUUUCAUACCUUUUUUACUUUUGUUCCAUAUGAAUGAUUAAGUAGUACCUCUCAACUACCACUACCUUCUCGUCUCUUAUAUCUAUGUCUCAACCUCCUUCUCGUCUCUUAGGUCCAAAAAAGGAAGUGGAAUAUGCAGUUAGCUCCUCAAGGUGUUCAACAAGAUGAACGUGAAAAUCAAUCAUGCUUUACCCUUCUCGUCUUUGGCUAAAAAUGUUAUUUUCAUACCUCAUCUUUCUUUGUUUCCUUGUUUUUAGGGUAACUCCAUCCGGGAAAGAAAUAACGGUAGCGGACUGAAGAGAACAAGAAGUGAACUCCUUAUGUUUUGAUCUCUUGCUCUAAUUCAGCUUUCUUGGCGGAGGAGCUUCGCCAGAGCGUCCGGUGUUGCACGACGAUCCUCUGCGUGAAAUAGAUGCUUCCAGUCCCCAACGACCUCUGCGUGGGGACGCCAGUUUGCUUGGGGGUAGCGCGGCUCCUAGUCCCGAUACAAAUGUCCUCCACCGCGUUCGAGGACGAGCGAAGGGAAAACGAAGGCAGCGCAGCGAGUCGGAGCUUGUCAAGGCACGGAGUCGCGGGAUCCCAAGGAAGUUGUGGGGUGCACGCCAGGAGCACGCGCAGCCAGCACUUGUCUACCUGCCAGACACCGGCAAGGCCUCGCCAGGCGUGGAACAAAGACAGCAACUUCACGGCGACUUUUUCCACACGGAUGAAGAUCCUUUUGGCGACAGAGGACAAUUAAGGCAAUCAAUUUACUUCUAUUUUUAUUUCAAAAUGGUCUGCAGAUGUAGAAUGUUCUCGAUACAACAAGAGAUGAAGAUUAUUAAUUGAUCAUCAUACAUCUGGCGGGUCACAACUUUUUCUGUGUAUUUCAAGUAUAUCGACGGUGUCCUCUGUAGUACGUUUACGAGUAUGUAAUUUUUCUCUGUUUUCUUGUCCGAGAAGUUGUACUUCUUCUGGAGGUUCUGAGAAUUGCUCAACCGCAAACUUUUGUUUAUUCGAGCACCGGUCUAAGACAAGGAGGCGACGGACAUGAGCAAAGCGAUCGCUCCCGGAGCUUCACAACUACUCCCGGACGCACGACGCUGCCGCUUAUGGACAGAUCCCGAACACCAAACAGACCAGGAUCCUCCAGCUCCUCGUCAGCUGCUGGCGCCACUUCGUCAACCUCUACUACGACAACUACUACUGGCAAGCACAUUAUUGAUAAAAGGAAUACUUCAGGAACAAACGCUUCGGCAGCUACCUCUACUGCGAUGAAUCAGGCGACCAUGUUGAAGAGUGCUAGUAGUACAACUCCCUCUGCGAUGAACGCGAAGUCCGCGUCCGGCGCAAAGCCAAAGGCCGCAAACAAAGCUUCGUCAUCGAAAAAGUCCUCUUCGACAAAGAGCAACCCUUUUGCAAGUCCUCCACCAAGUCAUCAGAAACAGUCGAGUUCCUCAGCAGCAGGGGCAACAGGAGCAUCUUCUUCUACUACAGGAGCAUCUUCUUCUUCUAUAGGAGCAUCUUCUUCUCUUACAGGAGCAUCUUCUUCUUCUAUAGGAGCAUCUUCUUCUUCUAUAGGAGCAUCUUCUUCUCUUACAGGAGCAUCUUCUUCUUCUAUAGGAGCAUCAUCUUAAGGGUUCCCACAUUACAUCCCUCACUAGCAUCCCUGGCUCUUUUUCCAGUAGGAAAUAAGUCAGGGAUGUUCUGAGGAAUGUAAUUCCUUAACCUCUAAUCAUCGUCUUCUUCUUUUGGCACCAGUACUGCAACUGCUCUUGCAUCAGGAGGUGCAGGCCAAACUAG